UCGCUCUCUAAAGUGGAGUGUGUGUGUGCGCGCGCGCAGUGUGCAACUUCAGUUGCUGGGUCUUUUCCUGGAAAGAAAAAAAAUCUGAUGAUCUGAUCUCUCUCUCUCUCUCUUCCCCCCUCUGCAAAAUCAUUUUCCUUUUUCAGAAACCAUCGUCCACCCAAAGAAGCAAACUGAUCCUCCAUGGCAGGAAUCGGUAGUUUCUCUUGUUUCUCCUUUUCUUGACCCACAAAAAGGAGCGUGUGAGGAGGAGAAUCUGUUGUUCUGAAUUUGAAUAGUGACCAUCAUAUUCGGCCAAGGCCAAGGGGGAAAAGGGAAAGAAAGAGAAACCCUUCUAAUUCUUCCCCCCUGUUUGCUUUUUUUUUUCUUUUAAUUUUUCUCUCUGUCCAGCCCUACUCUUCAUUAAAAACUCUUCUCAAGACCAUGCAAAAUCCAACAUCCUCCUUAUUUUAAUCUCUCUCUUUCAUUUUGAUUUGUUAUAUUCCAACACCUGAAGAAAAGCUUCUCUCAGCUGCGCAGGGAGUAUGGAAUAUUAAGAACUCUCUCUCUCUCUCUCUCUCUCUCUCUCUCUCCAUAUGACAGGAAAGUGACUCCAGCUCUCUCUUUCUACUUCAUGCCUUUUCUUGGUACUUGAUCUUGCACAAUCGGACAAAAGAAGCAAAACCCUAGAUCAGCAAGAACCCCAAUAUUACCAAUUUAGCAGAUCUCUCAUCCCCAAUCAAGAUCCAAGAAAAAAGAAAAGCCACUUCAAGAAACCAUCCCACCACUUCCCUAUAUGGAGCUAGUCCCAGAAUCAUCGUCAAGCAACCCCAACUUCGACACCCCAAUCACCAUCAAUACCCACAUAAUCGGGGCGAGCUCGUCGUCGCCAAUGUCGGCGUCGCCGCCCACGCCAAGCCGCUACGAGAACCAGAAGCGGCGGGACUGGAACACCUUCUGCCAGUACCUGAGGAACCACAGGCCGCCACUUUCCCUCACCAUGUGCAGUGGUGCCCAUGUCCUGGAAUUCCUCCGGUACCUCGACCAAUUCGGCAAGACCAAGGUCCACAACCAGAACUGCCCCUUCUUCGGCCUCCCGAACCCGCCCGCACCCUGCCCGUGCCCGCUCCGCCAGGCGUGGGGCAGCCUCGACGCACUUAUCGGCCGCCUCCGGGCCGCGUUCGAGGAGCACGGGGGGCGGCCCGAGGCGAACCCGUUUGGCGCCCGAGCCGUGCGGCUUUACCUGAGGGAGGUCCGCGACUUCCAGGCGAAGGCGCGGGGGGUCAGCUACGAGAAGAAGAGGAAGAGGCCAAAGCAGAAGCCGAAUAACAAUGCGCUCCCGCCGCCUGCUGCUACAACAGGCUGAAGAUGAGAGGCCAAUUUGAUGCCGAUAAGUGGGAUCAAGAUGGGUUUGAUGCCUAUAUGAGACAUCUUUUGCCUCUUUCGGAACAUGGGUAUUUCCUAUCUUAUUGUUAUUUCUAUAUUUUAGUUUCUAGUGAUCUUAGAAUAUGUAUGGUCAAAUUUGUGCUGAUUUUUCUCCUUAUUGGUCUAAAGAGCCUUGACCUGGCCCUGCAUUAUAUAGUCUUUUCUUCUUUUUUGAUUUGGCUUCUGCAAGAUAUGUUUUAGAUUUGUGGGUACCCCUUGAGGCUUCUCUUUGGGAGACAGGAGUGAAUGGUGUAGUGUCAGUUGUGUGCGAGGGAACUAGUCACGAACUGUUUAGACUGGAGACUUCUUAGUAGGAAAAAUGAAGUGGCCAAAGUUGGAUAUAAUCUUAGUGUACUUCGAUCAAAUGAUGAUGAAUCUGAGCUCUACGUUUGGAAAAA